AUGACAGACCUUACAGACGCUCCACGUGCUAAUAAUGACACGCUUACGACGUCUCCACCUGAAAAAUUGUCCGGAUUCGAGUGGUGGAGGAGAUCAUUACAGUAUAGAACUGGAAUGGGCAUAUCAGAAGACGAAAAGAAACAAUUCGAACAUGACUACAGGGCUAAGCAUUUGCCCACGCAAUGUACUGAUUGCGUUGCAAAUCUUGACUGGAUGCUUAAAUAUUCUCCUUCUGUUAUAUUUAUGAUGGAUCAUGUAAAAAAAAUCGGUGGAAACAUUAGUAAGUCCAAUAUUAUCUGCGACGUUUGUGACGACUAUAAAGGUGGAGGAUUCCAUCCAGAGGGUGGAAUAUUAUUGUGCUCUAAUUGGAUUACAGAUAAAUGGCAAUUAGAAGAUAUUUUGACCCAUGAAUUGGUGCAUGCAUACGAUUUUCUUAAGUUCAAAGUAGAUCUUACCAACUUAAAACACCAUGCAUGUACCGAAAUCAGGGCCUCCAUGUUGAGUGGUGAAUGCCGUAUAUUUAACGAAAUCAAGAAAACAGGGUUAGGUGACUUCGGCAAAAAGUUCCAAGCUUGCAUAAAGAGAAGGGCAAUCUUGUCAGUUUCAGCUAAUCCUAAUUGUAAAGAUACCCAAGAAGCAGAAAAAGUGGUAAAUACUGUAUGGCAGUCUUGUUUCAAUGAUACAAGACCGUUUGAAAGAGUGUAUCGUUAG